AACCAAUCGCUGCCUCCCCGCGUUAUCUCUUCUCCCCCACACGCACAGUAGCCAGUGAGUACUAGUCACACCACACGCUUGGCUUGACGCCGCACGCCUCCGCUCCGCUCCGCCGCCGCGGCCGAUCUCUCUAGGGCUUCCAACCUCGCCGGCGACGCGACGCCACGCCAUGGCCGCCCCGGUCGUGGACGCCGAGUACCUCCGCCAGGUCGACAGGGCGCGCCGCCACCUCCGCGCCCUCAUCUCCUCCAAGGGAUGCGCGCCCAUCAUGCUCCGCCUCGCAUGGCAUGACGCGGGCACUUAUGACGUGAACACAAAAACUGGUGGUGCAAAUGGUUCAAUUAGAUACGAGGAAGAGUACACUCACGGUUCAAAUGCUGGUCUAAAGAUUGCUAUUGAUCUUCUCGAGCCUAUUAAAGCCAAGAGCCCUAAGAUCACAUAUGCUGACCUUUAUCAGCUUGCUGGAGUUGUUGCAGUUGAAGUUACUGGGGGUCCAACUGUUGAGUUCAUUCCUGGAAGACGUGAUUCGUCAGUUUGCCCCCGUGAAGGGCGUCUUCCUGAUGCUAAGAAAGGUGCACUGCACUUGAGGGACAUCUUUUACCGGAUGGGCUUAUCAGACAAAGAUAUAGUAGCUUUAUCUGGGGGUCACACUCUGGGAAGGGCACAUCCUGAAAGGUCUGGAUUUGAAGGCGCAUGGACUCAGGAGCCUCUGAAGUUUGACAAUUCGUACUUUCUUGAGCUACUGAAGGGGGAAUCUGAGGGGCUUCUGAAGCUCCCAACUGACAAGGCAUUGUUGGAAGAUCCUUCAUUUAGACGCUAUGUGGAUCUUUAUGCCAGGGAUGAAGACACCUUCUUCAAGGACUACGCUGAAUCGCACAAGAAGCUUUCUGAACUUGGCUUCACUCCACGGAGCAGCGGCCCUGCAUCUACGAAAUCUGAUCUUUCAACUGGUGCUGUACUCGCACAGAGUGCUGUCGGGGUAGCUGUUGCUGCAGCUGUAGUUAUCGUGAGCUACCUAUACGAGGCUUCUAAGAAGAGCAAGUAAGAUUGCUAUGUUCUUCAUCAGCAUGGCCUCAUAGUAAGUAUCAGGGUCAAAUAACAGAAUUCUAGUGAUGAUCCAGCCAUACGAACACUUCCUUCAUGUCUACAUAUACCCUAUCAAUAUUUCAUGGGGAAUUAUAUGGAGAUGACAUAGCUUCACUAUUUAAAAGCACUUUGGACAUAUAUUAUUCCGUCUUCUGUGUGCUCUCUAAUAUCUACAAGAACAGUGGUUUGUGUC